AAAGACAGGAUAGACAGGAUGGCGAAAGAGACGCGAGAGAAAGUUCCCUCACGAAAGUAUAGUGCAUCUCACUGGAGGCUCCAGAACAUUGCACAAGAAUCCAUGGACAGCUCAGAUGAGGAGUUCUUUGAUGCCCGAGAUGUUUUGGAGGGGAAAGCAGCUAUGCUUCUAGGCAUGAGCCAGUGGAACUCAAAUGACCUGGUGGAGCAGAUCGAGACGUUGGGACACCUGGAGCGCUCGCGAGAAAGUUUGUACAGGCUCAGGCAUCCUCGCUGUGCACCACAGAGCAGCGUAGAUGGCCUAGAGGAUAUAGAGCGGAGGUGCAGGACGCAGCAGCUCAUCCUGGUGGUUCAUGGAGGUCACAUCCUGGACUCUGGAGUCGGUGAGCCAGGUGGCAAGGCAGGUGACGCCGCCACGCUGGCCUCGGUGCUGGAGCGAGUGGCACGGGUGCACUUCCAGGAGGCAGCAGACAGCCUGCUAGUGCGGCUGGUGCCAUGUCCGUCUGUGGGCGCCGAUGCCUUCUCUCUUGUCUCGCAUCUGAAUCCAUACAGCUACGACGAGAGCUGCGUUUGCAGUAGCGUGGACCACUUGCCCUUGGCUGCUCUCCCAAUCCUCGCCAUUGCUGCCCCACGAUACCAAGACGCUGUGGCAACAGUAAUUGCUCAGGCCAAUCAGGUCUACCGGAACUUUCUUGAGUCCCCAGAGGGGCUGGGCUUCUCAGGCCAGGUGUGCUUGGUGGCAGACUGUGUUGGAGGAGUCCUCUGUUUUGAUGCCCUGUGUUUCAGCAAUGACCACCAAUACGGAAGCCCUAAGAGUAAUGACAGGAGCUACAGCACUGAGAGCUGCAAGGAGAAGCCAGGCAGUGUGAGCAGCCUGAGUCCCACUCUGAGAGGCAGCAAACGUUUGAGCAAGAGCAACAUCGACGUCUCGGCUCCAUGCGAGCCAGGCCCAGCUGCCUGUCACCCACUCAUCCGCAAGCAGAGUGACUCAUGUGACGCUGACGUCGCUGGAGGCCAGAGGGUCUUCUUCAGCAGUCUAUCUCAAGAUGAGCAGAGUAGCUCCAGGCAGGCUCAGAAUCCUGGCUCUUUUGACUUUGAGGUUUCAGACUGCUUUCUGCUAGGCUGCCCACUGGGACUGGUGCUUGCCAUGAGGAGAACUGUGUUACCUGCUUUUCAGGUGGCCCAGUUGCGUCCAGCCUGCUCGCAGAUCUUUAACCUGUUCUACCCAUCUGACCCCUCCGCCUCACGCCUGGAGCCGCUGCUGCACCCUGAUCUCACUCAGCUACCGCCCUUUGCUGUGCCCCGAUACCAGCGCUACCCACUGGGCGAUGGGCGCUCCACUCUCACUGUGGACACGGUCAUCAGACGUCCGUCAGUGUGUGGAGGAGCUCCUGAUGCUGUCCAGACUCCAUGCUGUGCUGGGGGUGGGUGUAAGGCAGGCAGAACUAUGGCUGCUUCCUCUAGCAACGACCCUGAAAGUGCUCCAUUUGCACCCAGUCAGCCGAACUGCACCAUCUCACAGUUGUGCAGUAGGUGGUGGGGCUCAAAGCGGCUCGACUAUGUGCUGUACUGCCCCGACGUACUGACGGCCUUCCCCACAGUGGCGCUGCCCCACCUGUUCCACGCCUCCUACUGGGAGUCUACAGAUGCCAUGGCAUUCAUCCUCAGACAGGUGCUUCGCUGUGACUGUUUGAAGGCUGGUGAGGCAGAUUGCUGUGAUGUCGGGCCAAUCUCGCCAUCUAGCCCGAGAGAGAAGUGGCUCCGCAGACGAACGCAUGUCAAGCUUCGUAAUGUGACGGCCAAUCACAGAGUGCAUGACGUGCUUGCAACGGAGGACGGCCUGCAGACGCUUGUGGGGAGGUUUAUGUAUGGCCCCCUGGAUAUGGUCACCCUUGCAGGCGAGAAGGUGGAUGUGUUCCUUGUGACCCAGCCUGCGUCUGGACGCUGGGUGCUGUUUGACACAGAGGUGACCAGCAGCAGUGGCCGUGUCACCUACACCAUUCCCCCCAACAAGAGACUACCAGUUGGUGUCUACCCCAUCAAAAUGGUGGUCAAAGGUGAUCAGACAAGCGCAGAGGCAUUCCUGACCGUGCUGCCGCGGGGCAUGGAGUGUGUGGUGUUCAGCAUCGAUGGCUCCUUCGCUGCCAGUGUCUCCCUUAUGGGCAGCGAUCCCAAGGUGCGACCCGGGGCCGUGGACGUAGUCAGACACUGGCAAGACCUGGGUUACCUGAUCAUCUAUGUCACGGGACGUCCAGACAUGCAGAAGCAGAGGGUGGUGUCCUGGCUCUCGCAGCACAAUUUCCCCCAGGGUAUGGUGUUCUUUUCCGAGGGGCUCGUUCAUGACCCCCUGCGCCAGAAAACUAUAUUCCUCAAGAGCCUCAUUAAAGAGUGUCACAUUAAGAUCAGUGCAGCAUAUGGCUCAAUGAAGGACAUGUCUGUGUAUAGCGCACUGGGGCUGGAGGCCUCUCACAUUUACAUCGUAGGAAGGCCAUCCAAGAAGCACCAGCAGCAGUGUCAGUUCCUUAGUGAGGGAUAUGCAGCCCACCUCUCGGCACUGGAGUUUGAGCAUGGUUCGCGCUCUAAGAAGAACCGGAUGGUCCUGCGGCAGGGCUCCUUUGGCCUCACAUCCAAGCCUGACUUCCUAUCGCCGUCACCAGACUUCCUGGCCUGCAAGCGCACGCCUAUAUUGCGACGUGCUGCUUCGGUACGCCAGGCCUCACCGCCCUCGUCCACAGCAGCCACCCCCAAGCCAGAGCGAGCCCAGAGCCAGCCCGAGUCACACAGGGACGGGCCUGAGAUCCGCAUCGAGGCUGACGACCUGGAUGAGGAGAGGGCCAGCUUUACCGCUGUGCUGUGAGGGGAAGCCAAUGUUAAGGUGGGGGGGAAGCAACGAGAAGAUGUUAUUCCUGUGGUAAGGCUGUGCUGAAGUAUCUGCUUGUUAGCUGUUCCCAGACUUUUAUGUCUGUCUUGAAAUGAAAGGUGGAUAACGUACUGCAAAUUAUAUUUAUCAGUUGAUCCACAAUUUUGCCAAUUUUGACAAAUGGGGUCAAGUGGAGUGCACAACUGAGUUGGCAGUAGCUGGAUAUCAUUAGCUGAGGCGUCCUCCUGAGUCAAAGCCAAGUACAGCAUCCAUGACCCCUAAAAACAAAAUUUGCAGUUUAACCUAAGCUGUUUCAUAGCAGUUGCUAUGGGAACCAUGGCCUUUCAUAAAUCCUUCAUUGGGUGAGGUCUGAUGUUGUGUACGGACAAUUACUCACAUUGUGCUCAGUCAGUGUGUGUGUGUGUGUGUGUGUGUGUGUGUGUGUGUGUGUGUGUGUGUGUGUGUGUGUUAGGAGGUCACUAUAAUUUGUGUCCGAGCAAUGAUUUGUACUGGACUGCUGUGGAGCGGAGGCCCAUUGCUUACAAAGAUCCCAUUUGGAUUUCAUUGACGCACUCAAGCUGCUCUGCGUCACCCUGGUCUCCGCUUUCUGUCUGGGACUGAAUAACCCUGAUCUGCAUGAGACAGUCGAGUGGCCAAGAGAAAAUAUCCCUUACUUCUUUGUGAGCCCAGCUUUGCCUGAGAGGAGAGAACAGCCCCUUUGUUUUGUAUGACUUUGGCAGGAAGCAGCUGGUUUCUUUAGGCACUGUUGACCACACAGAGAUGUUCUUAUUGUGCAAAGGUGGAGGAUUUGGGGUUAUUUCUCUCAGUGGCUAUUAGAACUCACACAGAAAGGGCUUCUUUUUCCAUAUUGCAUCAGGUUCAUUUGUAAAUUAAGUCUGAAAUGUGACAUAUGGGGUCCAUUGAAUUGUAUGAAAAUUUAUCAACAUUCAACAGUAAUAUGCUUACUGUGCUUUCUCUACAAAUAAUAGUUUUCAAAAAGAAUUCAUGUAAAUUAUAUGCAGGUAGUCCAUUGUAGAAAGCAUGCUGAUCAUAUGUGUACUUUUUUAAAUGUAAAACUGCAAAUGUAUAAAAUGUGUGAAGAAAUCUCUCCUUUCAUAAAGAAAACAUUUUAGCUGUUUUUAAAAACUGGGGCGAGGUGAUAAAGUACACAAGACUAUUAGCAAACUGAAUAAUGUGAAUCUUAUGUUCACAAUAUGUGUUUUUAUAUCUUCCACCUAAUACCACAGUAAAAUGAACAAAUUAAUUUGCAUUUUUAUUUCAGUAAAGUUAAUGCAUGCAAUUAUCUUUAAAUCUGAAAUUAAAAUAACAUCAUAUAAAAUGACAUUAUUCUAAAUCUGCAUACAAGAUUGGGAAAUUAAAAUUCAAAUAAAGAUAUAUAUUGCCAUUUUACAAGCUACAUUGUAAUUUAAUUUUGCCAGUGAUAUGAUAUCCACCUUGAAUGUUCUAUGGACCUCUCCGACACCCUUAGUUUUUUUAAACUUGUAACGGUCAGUCAGUUUAAUCUCAAUUUCCUCUCCUCUCUUCUUCUUCCAGUGUGUGUGAAUAUACAUAUUCUUCUUUACUGUUUCAUGAUCACACAUCGAAAGAGCUCCACAUGUCUUCUGCAAACUUAAUAAUCCCUCACUUGUGAAUCCCUCAAUUGGUGAACACAGCAGCUACCCUUCUACACAAGACGUAAGAUGCCGAAUUGAGUUUCCAGGAGAAAGAAAAAUAGUGAAGAAUAAUGCUGCUGCUGAGAGAGACCUCACCAAGAGGAAGCUAUGUUGGGGUGGGAGUGUCCUAUACAUUUUUUCCCACUGGAGUCCAUGAUUCUCUAGUCUUUUUUCCUGUGUGCUGAUCAAAUUCUCUGCUAACUGCUGUAGUGGUAUUUUUGUGAAGGUGUGCAUAAGCAUCUAAAUUAGCUGUUUAUAGCAGCCUGGCAAGCAGAGGUUUGCAUCUGUUUGGAUAAUUUGGUAUCAAUACCAUACGUUCUGUAAAUGUAGACAGUGCACUUGUUACAGAGCAUUCAGGGGUGCAAAAAGUAAAAGAAGUAGAUAGAAGCUAAGAAAGGGUGUGGGAAUACCCAAGCAAACCAUCUACAUUCAGACCAGCACCAUCUUAAGAGCUGAUUCUGAGUUGCUUGCAUGCCUGUCUCCCUUGCAGUUCAUGUGAAAAAGAUGUGUGUCCAGGUCGAGGUAUAUGCAAUCACGGCAUGCAACGUCAGUUAAGUCUUGUCUCUGUUGAUAUGUAUUUUGUGCAAGUUGUAGUAAAUUGGUUCACUGGCAGUAAGCCAAAGCUGUAUAGCAGUGCUGUAAAAUAAUGUACAUAAUUGUACAUACUUUAAAUAAGUAUGUUGCUGGAAGAUCUUUUGUAAAAUAAAAUAUUGAAACACUUAAAAAGUUGUGAUUUGCAGCCUAAAAAGGGUAUGCACUUUUUCCAUUCCAUGUGAAAAAGGGAAAAUUACAUCUAUAUUAACAUGAAAAAGGAGCUUUCCAAAAACAAGUAAUCAAGACUGAACAUAGAAGACCCUCUUCCAUAAAUAAUUUGGAAAGACAUGCUUUUAUACAUCUAGUACUAUGCCAUAUUUAAAAGUUGCAGAGCAAACCCAAUGGCAAGUGAUAUGCUUUUUUAAUAAAUGUGAGUUACAAAAGCAAGUAUUAAAAAAAACAAAAAAA